GAGGGGCGGGCCUGGAGGUGCCGGAGCACGGUGGUGCUGAUGCAGGAUGGCUGAGCGCGACCGAGCCCGGGAGGUCUGAGCCGGGCGGGGAUUGCUCCCUGAGCAUCGCCUAGUCCGCCCGCCUCGUGGUUGCGGGCAGGUGGGCCGGGGGCGCAGGACCGGGCUGGAGGUCAGCAGCAGGGCGGCCCACCUGAUACGCUGCUCUCCUUCCCGGCGGCGGAGCUGCGGGGCGUCCAGCGCAGGCUUGAGAUGACCUGCUGAGAAGCUGCGGGAGGCGGCCUAGCAGCGGGCAGCGGUUGGUUCGCGGCCUCCUCGGUGGCGCUGCCCAGCCGGGCCCCCCACCCCAUCCCUGUGCCCCCUCCUGCUGCGGCCCGAGAUGGCGGAUCCAGCCGAAUGCAGCAUCAAAGUGAUGUGCCGGUUCCGGCCCCUCAACGAAGCGGAGAUCCUCCGCGGGGACAAAUUCAUCCCCAAAUUCAAAGGCGAGGAGACGGUGGUGAUCGGGCAAGGGAAGCCGUAUGUCUUUGACCGAGUGCUGCCGCCCAACACAACCCAGGAGCAGGUCUACAAUGCCUGUGCAAAGCAGAUUGUCAAAGAUGUCCUUGAGGGUUAUAAUGGAACAAUUUUUGCAUAUGGGCAGACUUCAUCAGGAAAAACUCAUACCAUGGAGGGGAAGUUACAUGAUCCUCAGCUUAUGGGUAUCAUUCCAAGGAUUGCACAUGAUAUUUUUGAUCACAUCUAUUCCAUGGACGAGAACCUGGAGUUUCAUAUCAAGGUUUCCUAUUUUGAGAUCUACUUGGACAAAAUAAGGGACUUGCUUGAUGUGUCCAAGACCAACUUGGCAGUUCAUGAAGACAAAAACAGAGUCCCCUAUGUAAAGGGGUGCACCGAGAGGUUUGUGUCAAGCCCGGAGGAGGUCAUGGAUGUGAUCGAUGAGGGCAAAGCAAACCGACACGUGGCUGUGACAAACAUGAACGAACACAGCUCUAGGAGUCACAGUAUCUUCCUGAUUAACAUUAAGCAAGAGAAUGUGGAGACUGAAAAAAAACUCAGCGGGAAGCUGUAUUUGGUUGAUUUGGCUGGGAGUGAAAAGGUCAGCAAAACCGGUGCCGAGGGAGCUGUUCUUGAUGAAGCUAAAAAUAUCAACAAGUCUUUGUCUGCUCUUGGAAAUGUGAUUUCUGCCUUGGCAGAAGGGACAAAAACACAUGUACCGUACCGGGACAGCAAGAUGACUCGGAUUCUCCAGGACUCUCUGGGUGGGAACUGUAGGACCACCAUUGUCAUUUGCUGUUCUCCUUCAGUCUUCAAUGAAGCCGAGACCAAGUCCACGCUGAUGUUUGGACAGAGAGCAAAGACCAUCAAGAAUACAGUCUCUGUGAACUUGGAACUAACAGCAGAAGAGUGGAAGAAGAAAUAUGAAAAAGAGAAAGAGAAGAACAAGGCCUUGAAGAGUGUCCUCCAGCAUCUGGAGAUGGAGCUGAACAGGUGGAGGAACGGGGAAGCUGUACCCGAGGACGAACAGAUCAGCGCCAAGGACCAGAAGAGCCUAGAGCCCUGUGACAACACACCCAUCAUAGACAACAUCACGCCUGUUGUGGACGGCAUCUCUGCCGAGAAGGAGAAGUAUGACGAGGAGAUCACCAGUUUGUACCGACAGCUCGAUGAUAAGGAUGAUGAAAUUAACCAGCAGAGCCAGCUGGCUGAAAAGCUGAAGCAACAGAUGUUGGAUCAGGAUGAGCUCCUGGCUUCCACGAGAAGGGACUAUGAGAAGAUCCAGGAGGAGCUGACACGCCUCCAGAUCGAAAAUGAGGCAGCUAAAGACGAAGUGAAAGAAGUCCUCCAGGCCCUGGAGGAGCUGGCUGUCAAUUACGACCAGAAGUCACAAGAAGUGGAGGACAAGACCAGGGCCAACGAGCAACUGACUGAUGAGCUGGCCCAGAAAACGACGACACUGACAACCACCCAGCGAGAGCUGAGUCAGCUGCAAGAGCUUAGUAACCACCAGAAAAAGAGGGCCACAGAGAUCCUGAACCUGCUUCUCAAGGACCUGGGGGAGAUAGGCGGAAUUAUUGGCACCAACGAUGUGAAGACUCUGGCAGAUGUGAACGGGGUCAUUGAGGAGGAGUUCACCAUGGCACGCCUGUACAUUAGCAAGAUGAAGUCGGAGGUCAAGUCUCUCGUGAACCGCAGCAAGCAGCUGGAGAGUGCCCAGAUGGACUCUAACAGGAAGAUGAACGCCAGUGAGCGCGAGCUGGCAGCGUGCCAGUUGCUUAUCUCACAGCACGAAGCCAAGAUCAAGUCUCUGACAGACUACAUGCAGAACAUGGAACAGAAGAGGCGGCAGCUGGAAGAGUCCCAGGACUCCCUCAGCGAGGAACUGGCCAAGCUCCGGGCCCAGGAAAAAAUGCACGAAGUCAGUUUCCAAGAUAAGGAAAAGGAGCACCUGACGAGGCUGCAGGAUGCUGAGGAGGUGAAGAAAGCUCUGGAGCAGCAGAUGGAGAGCCACCGGGAAGCGCACCAAAAGCAGCUGUCCAGACUUCGCGAUGAGAUUGAGGAGAAGCAGAGAAUCAUUGAUGAGAUCCGGGAUUUGAAUCAGAAACUGCAACUGGAACAGGAGAGGCUCAGCUCUGAUUAUAACAAGCUGAAAAUAGAGGACCAGGAGAGAGAAGUGAAACUGGAGAAGCUCCUAUUGCUCAAUGACAAAAGGGAGCAAGCCAGGGAGGACCUCAAGGGACUGGAGGAGACUGUGUCUAGAGAACUCCAGACCCUUCAUAACCUGCGCAAACUCUUCGUCCAGGAUUUGACAACCCGGGUGAAAAAGAGUGUGGAGCUGGACAGCGACGAUGGAGGGGGCAGCGCUGCUCAGAAGCAGAAGAUCUCCUUCCUGGAGAACAACCUGGAACAGCUUACCAAGGUGCACAAGCAGCUGGUCCGGGACAAUGCAGAUUUGCGCUGUGAACUCCCCAAGCUGGAGAAGAGGCUUCGUGCUACCGCAGAACGCGUCAAGGCCUUGGAGAGUGCGCUGAAAGAGGCCAAGGAGAAUGCCAUGAGGGACCGAAAACGCUACCAGCAGGAAGUAGAUCGCAUCAAGGAGGCUGUGCGAGCCAAGAACAUGGCCAGGAGGGCACAUUCGGCUCAGAUCGCCAAGCCCAUCCGCCCAGGCCAUUACCCAGCAUCAUCUCCGACAGCUGUCCAUGCCGUCCGAGGAGGAGGAGGUGGCUCUUCAAACUCUACUCACUACCAGAAAUAAAGCAGAAUAUGACUCCACGUAGCAUGAAAAGGACUGUAGUAGUCACCAGUUCCUUUCUGUCCCCUCCUAUACAGUUUCCGUUUCUUUUUACACUUGCUUGCCCAGCCGUCUGUAGUACACCAGAUUCAGGUGUUUGCGCUGUGUAGAAUUUGUGUGCACAGAUACGUGCUUGGAUCCUUCUCCUAAGAAGUUGGAAGGAGGGGGUUACGCAAUACCCACUUCCUGCUCAGACCUCGCCACUUCUCAGCCUCCGGGGUUGUGUGGUCUCUGGAGGCCCCUGCAGUGCACUGGCCCCUUGGAAUGGAACGCCCUGCUGUGCCAUCCUAGAGGGACAAUCAAGUGCAGUGGAACCAGUGACCACGCUCUGCCUCGACUUCUGGUUUCCUGUAAAAUAAACACAUUACUUUAUAUUUUUAGGGAACAAAAAAAAAGUGCUGCUAUAGGGUUCAAAAUUUUCAUUCUGAACACUUUUCCAAAACCAACCCCAGAGAGCAUUUUAAAUAUCCUGGUCAUAUCUUUGGAUCUGUAAAAUAGACCUUUUAGUAUGGCACCUGUUAAAAUGCAAAGCAGAUUCCUUCAAGGCAGAAAAACAGUUUGACAAUAGCAGUGUAGAAUUUGCUCAUUCAGACACAUCUAUGAAAAUGCGAAGAGUCACAGAAUUCACCUCCAAGCUGCUCGCUGGUGAACCUGCAGUGACUAGUCCUGGCCAGCCCAGUUGUUUGAACAUCAUUCCUAUACAAGAGUUGAAAAUGCUGCAGAAUUGGGUGAGUGGAGAUGGGGCUGCCUCCCCUCCUCACAGCUUCCUCCGGAUGCCCUGGAAGCUGCCUUGGGCUCGCCUCUUUUUCUAGCAAACCAUCGCGUGCUGGAGGAGAUAUUCCUAAAGAGAUCCAGCGUCAGUACAGUAGUUGGAAAAGAAUUCCCUCAGGGGAAAGUCAUUGGUGAGAUUUAUGCCUUGUCUGUUUUUAUUGUAACCUAUCAUUGCAAACUGCUGAUUUGAAUUCUUUCUUUGGCACCAGAUAGGCUUUUUCUUCUUUGAGGCACAGUUAGGGGGGAAAAAUCAGUAUAACUGGAUUGGGGUUUGUUUGUUUGUUUGUUUGUUUUGGGGUUUUUUAUUUGUUUUUUGUAUAUUUAAUUAUUACUUUAUUCAGAUCCAUGAAUCGAAAGGUGACUACGUUCAGUUGGGCAUACUAAAAGGAUCAGUUGCCAAGUAGUCAAGCGUUUCAAGAGAAACUGGCAGGCUUCAGUGAGUCGCUACUAUGUGCUGCUAUUUGUUUUCAUGAAUUUGUGGUUUAGAUAGUAACAUCCCCAUUCAUCUCAGAGAAAUGACCCAUCCUGUCAUCUUAUGUGCCCAAGAAGUGUGAGCUCACACCUUCUUCUGAAGCUGGUACCCCUGGAGUAAGGGGAGACUCUAGGCUUUCUCAAGGCUGUGAGGGUGGGGUAGAAAAAGUUAAUGUGUGUGCUUAUGCACAUGCGUGUGUGAAAUGUUGAUGGCUGUGUAUAUUACCUCCAGGAUUCUGUUGUAUAGUCCUUUCCUAACACUGAUUUGACUUAAUUUAUUUGUUAGAUGUUGCCCUUUAUAACAGUGUUUUGUUUUUAAUUAGGUGUGAAAAGAAGACAACUUCUAUUGAAGUAUUUAUUUUACAAAGAUGAUUUUGUGUUUACCUGUGUUCACUUUGUUUCAUGUUGUUGCCACUGUUGGCUGCUAUUGGAGUCUGAUGGAGGGGUCCUUUGCAGGGCAAGUCUGCAAACCCCGUCAGUACCAACUGAUGCCAGGUUAGAAGCUUGCUGUCUAUGUUUGCUUCUGACUCGGAAACUGAAACGUUGGCCUUUAAGAGGGCUACCAAUGGGAUGCGUCUUGUCUAGAGGACCUGCUAUUGUCUUUUAGACUUGUGUUUAGAAACUGGGUACGGGUCAGUAAUACCCCAUUCUUGGCUUUCAUUAGCAGCCAUUAUAAAAUGGAUGAUUUUAGAUUCUUUCUAAAGCACUUUUCCCCCUAGGUUCCCAUUUUCUACUUCUGAAGAGUUGUGGGGCACUUUCAAGUUUUAAAAGGCAGCAUUCGUUUGUAGUUCACAUUACUUGAUCUCUACAAGGGCCUUACAAAAUUCACUGUACUUUUAUUCACAGAGAAAGUUGGCUUUGAUGUCUUUUAGAGAUAAUUCUGCUAGUUGCUGAUCAGCCAGUCAGUUCAUCUAGCGCCAGUCUUUAUAAGACCUCUAAUCGAAUUUUCUCACACUGUGACUAAAAGCUAGGCACGUCAUUGGAACAGAUCAUGUGGUUUAUUCAAGCAAUCCCUAAUCUCACAUUGUCUAUUAAUUCCUUUAUCAGAACAGUGUGCUCUCGGGCCGCUUUUUUAAAAGGCCAUGUUUAUAAAGUUUUCAUUGUUUGACAGGCUGUUACAUUCUAUAUUCUAGCUGUAAAAAUCCCACUUCUGAACAGCCAAGUGGAUGGCUCCAUUUCGUCACAUGUUUCACAUUGCUGGAAUGUAUGCCAGUGUAUGUUCUCUGAAUAAUUUACUAUCUCAUGCCUACUUCUUGAAAGUUUACUCUGAGAUGCCGUAGGAGUGCAGCCAGAUGGUUUAGACAAAUAACCUCUGCCUGCCAGCCGUUGGGGUGAUGAUUAGAAUGUUAUUGAAGAUAGUGGUUAUGGUUGGGGCUUAUAAUGCCGACUGCAUUUGAUCAGUCCUUAGAGAAUCCUGAAUGUAGGUCUCAUCUCUUCAAAUGCUGAGCAGUUUGCUUUAGUGGGCAUCAGGUAAAACAGUCAGAGGUGUUAGCCUUUUAAAAGACGGAGAAUCACAUGGUGAAGAAUUCAUAGAAGUGUUGUAAUAAAUGAAGGGCUAAAAAUGUUUGACUAGAAUGUAGAUCCAGUGACACCUUGAAGCCUCCAAGUCCAUAUAGAGAUGUGAGCUUGAGGGAAUGGGGUUUGUGUCAGCUUCUCUUUCCUAGAAUAGCUAAAGGAUCGUAAAGCUUCAGUCACCCCUUCCUUUGUAGGGCAGGCGCCACGGGGACUCUGGGUAGAAGACAUUGGGGGACACUUGUCAUUAGCAGAAGUUUGUCAUUGGGCAGGUUUUACUUCAUUGUCCCAUGCUGGCUAUCUUGAGCAAGCUAAAGAACCAUCACUGUUUAAAACUGCUUCCUAACAGGGUUUUGAGUUUUAAACAACUGUUGAGUAAGGACCAGAUAACUGCCAAAGGAAACACUGGUCUGUGAAGUCUGCUUAUUUACUGAGAACUGUGUAUCAACUUUUAAACACUUCCCAUGUGUGCAGAUAAAAGGGGAAUAGGGCUUUCUGUAGAAUUCUAUCUGUCUAGUUUGUAAAGUGUCAUGUGUACUGCAGAUGUCUGUUCUCUGGGCUUUAUGUUCUGUACAGUAGAUUUCAUUAAGAAAAAUUGUGGACAAACUUGUUUCUGUGGUUUGAUGGGGGAGAAUGGCGAUGUGUAUUUAAAUAGCUAUCCUGUGAGAUAGAAAUGUCCCCAAAGAUCUGGAAGUAACCCUCCCUGGCCCUCGGAAAACUCUGGCUAUCUCCUAGGUUCUAAAAUGAAGAUGUAUGGAUACUCUGGCAGACUGCAUGUUGUAUAAUUUGAAAAUACUCAAAACUGGACAAUAAAACUGAGUUAAACUUUGA